UAGAAAUAAAACAACCCAUCCUGAUUUGAUUAAAGGUCAUUAGAACAUACUUGUUUUGUGCAGGGUUUUAUGGAGCUUUAAGUGCAUAGAACAGAUGUGGGCAAUUGGCUGCCCUUGGGUUUGCUGAAGUCUCAUACAGUAUCUAUGUAAAAAUGGCCAUGACAAGUAAAUAGCAGCAUUCUAUGCAUUAUUUAAGUGGGUUUGUUUUUUUCAAACUUUUAAGUAAAAUAUAGUAAUUUUUCUGCUACAUAACACUGUAAACUUGCUAAUGCAAAUAUGCAAUCCCACAGUCUAUGAUAUACUGUAAUUUUAUAGUUAAUUUUAUAGUGUGACUAUAUUUAAUUAAAAAUUCUAAUUUGCUACAUCAGCCCACUCACUUUCAGUGCAGGAGGUAGGAUAUUGAACUAAAGACUCGAGUCAAUCCUGUCUGCUCCAGGUUAUUUCAGAAGCAACAUCUUCUGCAACUCACAUCAGCUUCAGCCAGCACAAACAAUGAACUGGAUUGUUUAGCUUUGUCAGCAAAGUGCAGCUACCAUGAGUCAACAUAAAGAAGAUGAACCAACAGAUAAGGAGGAGAAGAAUGAAUUAUUGCCUUUAAAUUGCAGAGUAUCAGAACUGACACUGGCCUGUGGAUGCCUUAAAUGGGGACAAGAGAAGCACUUUUAUCGGAUGGAUUUUUUGGAAUCCCAUGCAUCCCUUUUCCAUGCUGUUCGGUCAGUUGUAAAAUCAUGGAGGAAGGCUGCAGAAUAUAAUAGGGGCAAACACUUGGAGGUCAAGAAAUCUGAUGGUAGUCCUUGGGAGAAAGAUGUUGUAAAGGAAUAUUUCAGUAUACUGAAAGACAAAAAAGAAGACAAAGACACUGUCACACGACAGCAUUCUAAAUCCAUCUGCAGAUCUGUACAUUCCAAACAUCUUAUGUCAAAAAGCAGAAGUGUUAUUUUUAGAAAACAAAGAAAACCUGAUCUUGAAGAGUUGCCACCAUCAUGCUUGUUUCCUUACCUGGUUUUAAUUAAGAAUUGUGUCCCUUUGCCACUCUCCAUCCUCCAAAGACUAUGUCUCUCUGGAGAGAUACUGUGCAAGAUUCAGUAUUUUUCACGGAAGCACAGAAAGAAGAAAGAAGUAACUCUGCCUGAAUCAGAACGCCGAGUUCCGAAACCACAGACAGAAACAGAAGUAAAGUACGUCACUUUUGACAGCCUGAAGGAACUGCAGUGGAUGUUAUUUAAAGGCUUGGUAAAAAGGAAACCCAAAACUGUUGGAAUGUGGAGGGAACCGGUAUACAGUUUUGGGAUUCAGUGUGUAGCUCCUGUCAAAAAAGCAGAAUACAUCCUCCCCUUGAUACCAAAAGACUGGAUAAUUGAUGACUCUCUCAAGUUUUCAGAAGAAAUGACACACCUGCUUCUCCAAUACGAUCCACGCUCAUGAAUGUGAAGGCAAUGUCUGAAGUUCUGGAGAAAAUCCAUCUAAAAUGAACUGAACAGUUCUCAGUGUUGGUAUAAUUACUAUACAGUAAUGCUAAUAAUACAAAACAGAUUUGUACCCUUUGUCAUCUGUUCAGAGCAUUCAUGGUGGUCUGAAGUACAUAGGGAAGACAUAUUUAUUGAUUAAAAUAUUUAUGUCCUGACAUCUGUCCACAACAUUUGAACCCAGGCCCAAGAGUUACCAUAGUUCCACACAUGUGUGCUUUUCCUCUGUUGUGUUAUCUUUACAUGUGCUUGGAAUAAUGGUUAAAAACUAUAGAAAUAAUAAUCUUGUGUGGAAUUGCUGUCAUACUUAAGAGUUUUAAAAUUCACUUUAGGUUUGGCACAUAGGUGCUUUAAAUAAAACAAACAUGGGCAUAAUUAUAUCAUUCAUAGACAGAUAAACAGAUAUAUCAAUUAUAUCACAGACUUGAGAGGUCAGGCAGGCCCUGUCCUUGCUCUCCUUCCAUCAGCAAGUUAAAACAUUUUUAUGCUAUCAGGCUUUUACAAACUGACUAGAAUUGGGCUUUUAAUGCUGUGGAGUUCUG